CAUGCGGCCGGCAGCCAGCUAGCAUAGUACUAUAUAUUCAAUACCAAAUCAUUUGACGUAGAUUAAAAUUUAAUCUUUGAAAACAAGUCGCAGUGGUGAAAUUAACGCGAGUGUGAAUUUGAGUGUUAUGCUGAGUCACCACUGCGACGGAGUGUGUCGCGAACCAACACUCGAACCAGUUUAGAUAUCAUAGUUCAGAGCUCCUCGAACGGCUAUCACUGUGGGGAGCUUAGUGGCGGUCGAUCCAAAUCGGUCUGAAAUAUUGAACCAAAACAAUAAUGGCUAGGUUAAAAGUGACCCCACGUAAGAAAAAACCUGUCGUUACCAAGAAAACCAGCUCUGAAAGCGAAGCUCAAAGCGGACCUUCCAGAAAAAGCAUCCAAGGACGGCGACAGUCGACACUUCCACUCGCCGGCCGCCGACAAAGUUUACAGAAAGGUUUGGGCGAAAUGACUGCCACAAGCACGGAUACUAAUGAAAGAGAGAGCCGUUCAGUGCCAGUGAGGCUGAGAGUGGCGCCGAAAUCACUGAAGGCCUGGAAGCCCCUGAGGACUUCCACGAAGAAAUAUGCCCUGCAACUGUAUGACACUGUUGUUGAAAUGUUGCUAUCAAGAACAAGUGACAAUGUUUUAGGAGAUGUGCAAAGACAUCUGUCUCAUGGCCGCAGAAAGUUUGCGGACAAGCUGGAGAAGUCGACCGGUCCAGUGAACAACAUCACAAACUACAAUAAUCUUCAUAAAGUCCUUAACUCCCAAGAAGAGGCAGAUGUGAAGAUGGAGGAGACGCUGCAGAAGCAGAUCGAGGAGGAGGAGAGGAAAUGCAGGGACAUCGAGGAGGAGAUGGAGACGUGCAAGCUUUACGCUGGGGGAGCAUCACAGCUCCAUCCCCUCCUGCAGAGCCGAAGUAAGGACUGAAGGAAGACUACAGCACUUGUCUCUCUGACAGACAAGACUUGCGCUCCAUCACUAGUCACUGACCUCUUCUGGCCAGAAUGUCUUGAUGUUUUGAGCUAAUAUUGGGGUCUUAGAAACAAGCCUAAGCAAGUUCUUUCCCAUAGGGGAAUUAAAAUAAAUAUGUUAAUAUCC